GCGAGGCGACACAGCGUGAGAUUGAGGGGAGUGUGUGUUCAAUGUGUGUCUUUAGAUACAGGCAGCAUUCCUCUAGAGAUAAACACCCCCUCCCCUCCCACACUGGACGGGCCCUGUUCACUCAAGUGUGUGUGUCUGCGUGUGUGUGUUUAGGUAGGACAUGGUCUCAGUGCCCAGUCCCAGCAAACACUCUCGGGGGGCAAGGAAACAGCAGUGGAGUGUGUGUGUAAGAGAGAGAGAGAGAGAGAGAGAGAGAGAGAGAGAGAGAGAGAGGGAAAGAAGAGAGAGAAAGAAGAGGGAGAGAGAGAGAGAGAGAGAGAAAAGCAGAGAGAGGGAGUGGAGGGCCAGCAAGCAUGCCGGCCAAGCUCAUCACCUGUGGAGCUGAUGCUGUCAGUAGUUUUCUGCGGGCGGCUCGUUCUGGUAACAUGGACAAGGCCAUUGACCACAUAAAGAAUGGCAUAGACAUCAACACAGCCAAUCAGAACGGGCUAAACGGGUUGCAUUUGGCCUCUAAAGAAGGCCACGUUAAAAUGGUGCUGGAGUUACUGCAUGGAGGCAUCGAUGUGGAAACCCAGACUAAGAAAGGCAACACAGCUCUGCACAUUGCUGCCCUGGCUGGGCAGGAGCAAGUGGUGGCAGAGCUGGUAAAUUACGGGGCCAACAUCAAUGCCCAGUCCCAGAAGGGCUUCACUCCGCUCUACAUGGCCUCACAAGAGAAUCAUCUAGAAGUUGUGAAGUUCCUUUUGGAGAACGGGGCCAAUCAAAGCCUUCCCACUGAGGAUGGCUUCACCCCUCUCGCCGUGGCUCUUCAGCAGGGACAUGAGAAUGUCGUGGCCCUGCUCAUCAACUAUGGCACCAAGGGAAAAGUCCGUCUCCCCGCGCUGCACAUAGCAGCGCGGAAUGAUGACACACGCACAGCUGCCGUGCUUCUACAGAACGACCCUAACGCAGACGUCCUGAGCAAGACAGGCUUCACACCGCUCCAUAUCGCCGCACACUACGAGAACCUGAACGUAGCCCAAUUGUUGCUCAACAGAGGAGCCAAUGUCAAUUUCACCCCUAAGAAUGGCAUCACACCUUUGCACAUCGCAUCCAGGCGGGGGAACGUGAUCAUGGUACGACUCCUGCUGGACCGAGGGGCACAGAUUGAUGCCAAGACCAAGGAUGAGUUGACUCCACUGCACUGUGCAGCCAGGAACGGACACGUGAGGAUCAUUGAGAUCCUACUGGACCAAGGGGCUCCCAUCCAGGCCAAAACCAAGAAUGGCCUGUCUCCCAUCCACAUGUCAGCACAGGGGGACCACAUGGACUGUGUGAGACAACUCCUGCAAUACAACGCUGAGAUUGAUGACAUCACAUUGGACCACCUGACCCCCCUGCACGUGGCAGCCCACUGUGGGCACCACCGCAUGGCCAAAGUGCUGCUGGACAAGGGAGCAAAACCCAACUCCCGUGCACUGAAUGGUUUCACUCCGCUUCACAUUGCCUGUAAGAAGAACCACAUGCGUGUGAUGGACCACCUGCUCAAACACUCAGCGUCCCUAGAGGCUGUGACAGAGUCUGGCCUGACUCCUCUACACGUGGCCUCGUUCAUGGGCCACCGCAAAAUAGUCACCCAUCUGGUACAGAAGGGGGCUUCUCCUAGUGCUUCCAAUGUAAAAGUGGAGACUCCUCUCCACAUGGCAUGUAGAGCUGGACACUAUGAGGUGGCAGAGUUCUUACUGACCAAUGCAGCACCAGUAGACGCCAAGGCAAAGGAUGACCAGACACCACUCCACUGUGCGUGUCGGAUGGGCCACAAGGAGCUGGUCACUCUGCUGCUGGAACACAAGGCCAACCCCAACUCCACCACCACAGCCGGACACACACCCCUCCACAUCGCUGCCCGUGAGGGACACACUCAGACUACACGCAUCCUACUGGACAUGGAGGCCCAGCAGACCAAGAUGACCAAGAAAGGCUUCACUCCUCUCCAUGUGGCUUCUAAAUAUGGCAAAGUGGACGUGGCAGAGCUGCUGCUGGAGAGAGGGGCCAACCCUAACGCUUCUGGCAAGAAUGGACUGACUUCUCUCCAUGUGGCUGUCCAUCACAACAACCUGGACGUGGUUAAUCUGCUGGUCAGCAAGGGAGGCUCCCCACACAGUGCAGCAAGGAAUGGCUACACCCCUCUCCACAUAGCUUCCAAGCAGAACCAGGUGGAGGUUGCCAACAGCCUGCUGCAGUACGGCGCCUCGGCCAAUGCUGAAUCCCUCCAGGGGGUCACGCCCCUUCACCUGGCAGCUCAGGAGGGCCGGCCUGACAUGGUGGCCCUGCUCAUCUCCAAACAGGCCAACGUCAACCUGGGGAACAAGAGUGGACUGACUCCUCUCCACCUGGUGGCACAGGAAGGCCACGUGGGCAUCGCUGACAUCCUGGUGAAGCAAGGGGCAUCAGUGUAUGCUGCCACACGGAUGGGAUACACCCCUCUCCAUGUUGCCUGCCACUAUGGCAAUGUAAAGAUGGUGAAGUUCCUCCUGCAGCAGCAGUCCAACGUCAACAGCAAGACCAAGGUUGGUUACACUGCACUGCACCAGGCAGCCCAACAGGGCCACACAGAUAUCGUCACCUUGUUGCUCAAACAUGGAGCCCCGCCCAACGAGGUCACCACUAACGGCACGUCAGCCCUGUCCAUCGCCAAGCGGUUGGGGUACAUCUCCGUAAUCGACGUUCUCAAACUGGUCACAGAGGAGACGGUUUCCAUUACCACCACAGAGAAACAUCGUAUGAGUUUCCCAGAAACAGUGGAUGAGAUAUUGGACGUAUCAGAGGAUGAAGGAAUUACACAGCUAACAAUGGGGGAGGAGCUGUUGGGGACAGAAGGAGCCAGGUACAUGAAGAUGGAUGACUUGAAGGACCAUGAUGACGAUUUCCUGUCACCCAAGAAAUCUAUGGACAACUACUCGCCUGCCAUUCCCAGGAUCCCUUGUGUAUCCCCAGAGAUGGUCCACCUAAAGGAGCAUGAGAUGGAGCAGGUACACACUCCAAUGCCAUUACAUAGGGAGUAUGAUGACGACUCCCUGAUCCCCAGCAGUCCAGCUACAGAGACUUCUGACAACGUCAGUCCUGUGGCCAGCCCCAUACACACAGGGUUCCUAGUGAGUUUCAUGGUGGAUGCUCGGGGUGGCUCGAUGCGAGGCAGCAGACACAACGGUCUGCGUGUCAUCAUCCCUCCACGGACCUGUGCCGCCCCCACACGUAUAACCUGCCGUCUGGUCAAGCCCCAGAAGCUCCCCACCCCUCCCCCCCUGGUGGAGGGAGAGGGCCUGGCCAGCCGUAUCAUCUCUCUGGGCCCAGCCAGCAUGCAGUUCCUAGGGCCUGUGAUCGUGGAGAUCCCACACUUUGCAGCCCUGGGUCGAGGGGACCGGGAGCUGGUGGUUCUGAGGAGUGAGAAUGGCUCUGUUUGGAAGGAACACCGCAAUCGCUACGGGGACGAUGUGCUGGAGACUAUCCUCAAUGGGAUGGAUGAAGAUCUGGAGAGCCAAGAGGAGCUUGGGAAGAAGCGUAUCCGACGAAUCAUCUCCACUGACUUCCCCCUCUACUUUGCUGUGGUGUCGCGUGUCCAGCAGGAGAGUGACCUGAUUGGCCCAGAAGGGGGUCAACUGACCAGUAAGCUGGUGCCGAUGGUCCAGGCUACGUUCCCUGAGACAGCGGUCACCAAGCGAGUCCGUCUGGGCCUGCAGGCCCAACCAGUCCCAGACGAGCUGGUUGCCAAGCUGCUGGGUAACCAGGCAACCUUCAGCCCCGUGGUGACUGUGGAGCCACGGCGACGCAAGUUCCACCGGCCCAUCGGCCUGUGCAUCCCCCUGCCCCCCUCCUGGAGAGAGAGCCCCCGGGACUCUGGGGAGGGGGACACCACCAGCCUGCGCCUGCUGUGCAGUGUCAUCGGUGGCACAGCCCCAGCCCAGUGGGAGGACAUCACUGGUACCACCAAGCUCAUAUAUAGCAAAGACUGUGCCAACUUCACAACCAAUGUGUCAGCACGGUUCUGGCUGGCUGACUGUCCUAGGACAGCCGAGGCUGUGUCUUUCUCCAACCUCCUGUAUCGAGAGCUCUCAGCUGUGCCCUACAUGGCCAAGUUUGUGGUGUUUGCAAAGAUGAACGAGGUCCGUGAGGGCCGCCUGCGCUGCUACUGCAUGACUGAUGACAAGAUGGACAAAACCCUGGAGCAACACGAGAACUUCAGUGAGGUGGCCCGCAGUCGUGACAUCGAGGUGAUGGAGGGAAUGCCACUGCACCUGGAGUGUUCUGGGAACCUGGUUCCAGUGAGGAAGGCUACCCAGCAGCCUCGUUGUUUCAGCUUCCAGGCCUUCAAAGACAACAGACUCCCCGUCUCAGUCAAGGUGAGAGACAGUAGCAAGGAUCACUCUGGAUUCCUGUCCUUCCUACGCAAGUCUACCAAGUACGAAGACAGCCAGCAUGUGUUGUGCAACCUCAACAUUACCAUGCCCCCGUGUAUCAAGGCUGCUGGUAGUGAAGACCGGAGGCGAACUCUGACCCCAUUAGCCCUGCGAGAGAGAUACAGCGCCAUGAAUGAGCCUGCCAUGGGUAAAGCAUCAAUGAGUGCCAUGGAAAGGACAGAGUUGAAGAUGGCUUUGAUAGCUGAACAGUUGGGACUGAGCUGGGCUGAGCUGGCGAGGGAGCUACAGUUCAGUGUAGAUGACAUUAAUAAGAUCCGUGUGGAGAAUCCUAACUCCCUAUUGGAGCAGAGUUCUGCCCUGCUCAACCUAUGGGCCACCCGUGAGGGCAAGAGAGCCAAGAUGGAUAGUUUGUAUACAGCUCUGAAGAGCAUUGACCGGAUGGACAUAGUGAACACGUUGGAGGGCCAGGGGCCACAGCCUGCAGGGAGGCAGGCCCGGGAGUCAAGCAGACGCAGACACAACGAGACUGACCACGUCUCCCCCAGCCUGAGCAAUGGUUACGGGCUGAUGCAGGAGGAGCUGCUCUCCCCUCCCUCCAUGCAGUACAGCCUGCCCUCCCCGCUGGGCAACGAGCCCUACUGGCAGGAGGUCUCCAGUCUGGAGUGUGCUCCAAUGGCCACCACUGAGGAGGACACGCUCAUGGAGAUGUCCGAUGUGCAGGUGUGGCCCUCUGGCAACAGCCCCUCCAUAGUGGCCGUGGAGGACUCCUCGCUGGAGUGCAGCAAUGCCGACGACUCGGAGGGGCUGCUGGGGCUGCCGUAUGGGAGCCUGGGCCGGCCGGGCAGUGGGGCCAGCGGUGGGGGGCUGAGUGGAUCUAUGGAGCUGGUGGAGGACAACUCAGAGAUGGGGGCUGUUGACUCAUUCAGCACCGCCACACAUGCCACCCCUGCCUCGUUCAGCACCGCAACACCUGCCACCCCUGCCACCCCUGCCUCGUUCAGCACCGCCACCCCUGCCACACCUUCUUCGUUCGGAGGCACCAUCGCCGCCGCGGUCAACAACAUUAAUGGGCUGGACAAAGGUCAAGUGUCAAAUGUCGUGAGGUCGGAGGCAGCAGCGGUCGGAGGCAACAUGACGGGUGGAGAUGGAGCUGGAGGAGGAGGAGGAGGAGGGACAGGCUCAGAGGAAGGGCUUUCUCUUGUUGCAGGACAACAGCAGCGGGUGUACGCCCGGCUGAGCGAGUCGCCCGGUCUGAGCCGCGUGGCAGAUCGUAAUGGAGACAGGUCCAGUGGUGGUAGUGGAGGCAGCGGUGGAGGUGGUGGAGGCUCUUUCCUGUCCUACCUGCAGGAGCAGUCGGGUCCAGGCUGGCAACCUGUCACAGACCACACUCAGGCCUGGGUGGGCUCGCAGACAGCCAAACCCAGGCAGGCCAUGGACUCUAUGAUGUCAUCAGUACGCGCCGCCAUGGACGUGGACCCCAGCCAGUCCCGCGUGUCCCAAGAGGCCUUGCUUCAGCCAGUGCGUGACAUGGGGCACACAGAGAUCCUGCGUGGGCACUUCAGAGGCACCCAGCCAUUUGAGAAGGGCCUGGGGUUCCCUCACAGGGUGCCAGAGCUGCGGACCUGGGACGAAGUACGCCUGAGGGGGCAGGGUGACGAGGCCAAGGAUCUCCCAGGGGAACAAGUGAGCGAGGAGCAGUUCACAGACGAGCACGGAAACAUUGUCACCAAGAAGAUUGUGAGGAAAGUGGUGCGCAGGGGGAAGGGCUCAGGUGAUGAGGGGUGUCAGGAGCGUUCAGUGGGCGUGGAUGGCUCUCUGCAGGAUGAGCUGGAGGCUGAAGCGGAGCAGUUCAUGAACUACGCCGUCCUGAGCAGCAAGCCGGAUAUUGUGGAUGUGAAGAAGGGUGCUCAGAUAGUGAAAUGUGCCAGUCUGCGGAGAGUAAAGCAGUGAGGCAUGCAGACAGAGUGGCAGAGUGACGCGUCCCCGCAGGAGUUGAACCCCACACCAAAACAACCCUACUUAGACACAUGACCGGCAGCAGGAGACAGGGAAGAGUGCACAUGAAGAGGAGUGUAAUAAUGGAGAUAAAAGAAGAGAGAUCUUAAUGACAAAACACCAACUUCAUAAUAACGACAACCACAGUGGCUACACCGAUGAUCAGCACGCACCGGAGAAGGAAAUGGAUUUACUUGUAGUUUUCGUACUUUUUUUUUUAAGAAACAAUCAAAAAAACAUUAACUACUAGGCUAGAAGCAUGAUUUCUUAUAAAACAAAAACCAAACAGAGACAACAAAAAAACUAGCAACCAAAAUGUGCUUCCUGUUAUAUGUAUCAGCAUGAAUUACUGCUGGCGCAUGGCCUGUCUUUAACUACAGUACUAGGGGUUAUGAGGGGGGGGGGGACCACUCCCAUGUGGGAUGGGAGGUCAUGAUGAGGUGUAGGGAAAGGUGAAUAUGUCAUACAUCCCUUUCCUGAAGAAAAAUGGCAGUGUUUGUUUGUGAAACUUCUGAAAAGGGAGUCUGUUAAAUACUCUGAAUUAUCUCUAGGCAAAGGUUUGCUCCCCUCUCCCUGUCACACUAAUCAAACUCUUCUAGCAAACAAACAAACAUCACCACAGGCUAGUUUCAGCCUUAUGUCCCACUGUCCCACUCCAGUAGCCUACACUUAGGAUUUUGGUGUUGUACAUACUAUAUGCACUUAAAUGAUACGCGACUGAGUGUUACGUGUGUUUUAUGUCACAAAAACCUUAUGCAGUGCUGAUGAUGAUGCUGCUGUUUCAGAUCUGCCCUGGUUUUCUUGUUUGGUUAACUCUAUGUGCAUAUUCUAUAUAUCUUGAUCUGUGUGGACAUAAGAACAAACAAAACAAUCUUUGUGUCAUUCUGCCUGUUUUAUCUGUCAGUUUUUGUUUGUCUGGUUAUUUGUUAUUUUGUGAUUUUCAUGUGCUCCCUCCCUUUGCUCCCUUCAUCUCACCUACAGGGCAUUAUUGGCUUCAGAAACAUUUCAUAGUUCUUUGUGUUUUAGGAAGAGGAGUUUCUAUGUUGACUUGCAUCCCCAACCCCAUAACCAACCACCCCCAGAGUGGUUUGUGUGUUUGCAAGGUGAAUGUUAUUGGAGUAAAUGCUGGUGCGAUUAUUAGGACUUUGAAUAGGCCUUUCCCCUACCCUACAGUAUGUGUACAGCUAUAGUCUAGUUUGUCUGGUGGAUCCUGUCACCACCAUCUCCUGUAUGCAGCCCACUUCAGGCAUCUAUACACCCCAUCCUCCCUACACCUCUCCCUGCACUCCCCCGUCCCUCUCAAUGUGGAUGGAGCAGUCCUGUCCUGUCCCUAUCGAUGUGGAUGUAGUAGUCCUGUCCUCUACCAGCAGGGGUCAGUGUUUCCUACUAAUUAAUGUAGCAUCUCCCCUCUGUUGUGUCUGUCCAACAGUGACAGUGUUUCUGUCUGAUAUCACAGGAUAUAUCCAAGAAAGAGUUUACAGAUCAUCUCAGCACCUACCCGUAAUUUGAUAAGGGUAAAUAAGUAACUUGACCACCAUAGGCAAUAAUGUAGCUUUGGUUAAGCUGGUUACAGGUGAGAGUCAGCCAGAGAGCGGAACGUAGCUACUGAGAUUUGUAAGUGUUGGGAUUGUAAGUGUUGUUUGUAUUGUUGGCAACUCUCAGAAGUGUAGCGAAGACAGCCAGCCACCAAUCACUGUGAUAAAAAACUGUAAUAUUGACCCCACAACUGUGAGCCCACACAAACCCACCCCAAACCUUGCUCCUGUCCUCUCACCCCUCGCUUCAUGUCUGUACAACCCUACCCUGUUUCCCAUCAGAAAUGUAUUGUUGGAUGUUUGUUUUAAGGAAAGCAAUAACUUUGGUUGAAGGAGUAGGUCUUUGUGUGUGUGUGUGUGUGUGUGUGCACUAUGAUCCCCUUGAUCUCUCACUACUUUGACUUUAGAUGUACUGUCUGAUCAGGAGCUAUGCCAGAACCUGAGUAACCCACUUGCUAUCCACUUGACCUGCAUGGAACAGAAAGAGUUUGGUUGUGUAAAGUAGACCAAGGAGACAUGUUAGUGGACUGAGUAACUGGUUAUGGGUUGUUGGAGAGUUCUCUUAAUCCAAAUGUUUUUCUCCCAGUCCCAACAGUGUUUAUUUUUUUUGUGUGAUUGUGUGUGUUUGAAGGUUGGGGGGGCAAGGAAUCUAACUUCAUACCAGCCAUUCCCUGAGUUUUAUGCAAGCUGUCAAAUGUCUCAUUUUCAAACUCAUCAAGGGAAUGUAGCAACACUGAAAAACAGCUAAAAGUGUCCACUCAAUGUUGAUUUAAGCCUUAAUGACAUUCAUAUUUUACUUUAAGGAAACAUUUGAAUGUUGUGUGCGUGAGUGCAUGUGAUGAGUCCUCUGAUUGUAAGUACAAUUGAGACUGACACAGUACAACAGCAUUUAGUUUUGACAAAUGACAGUGCAUGUUUGAAGGAGGUAAAUCGGCAUGGGUGUGAAAGUGAUAUGACACUACUGGUGGACAUAACAGAGGCUCUCCAGUCCCUAACCUAAUUCAUACAAAACAUGGUCACAGUAAUGUUACCUCAGUACAUUAUACCAUCCUACAUCAUAUUAGAUGUAUAGAUCAUCUUGGCACUGUACCGUAACUGAUCUAAUACAUUACAUUUCUCAUAUCGAAGGAAAAUGUGUCACAAACACUCCAGCGAGUAUAUGAAUCAACACUCUGCAAUAAUGAUACCUAUACAUGUAAAUGAAUCUCCAGUCCAGGUCCAUGCUUUAUCCGCCUCUGUAGCCACAGAUAAUGAAUGUAAGGUGUUGCUCUGUAGAUGUUAGUUGAGUAGGAAGGCUAGAUGUCAGGCUGUUUGAGUCUAUCUACAGAACUCAGGAUCUGUUGUUUAUCAAAGAAACUGUAUAAAACUGAACACUCUUAUAUGCAUACAUAUUCAGAAGUCAAUACCCAUCCAUGCAUGAUCAGAACAAGAGAAAGAGCAAGAGAAAGAGAACAGAUCUUCAGCUCAGGAUUUUGUAUUGAGACAUUUUAUCAUCUAUCCCUCCCUCUGCCGGGGGGGGGGGGUGACAGGGAAAGCAGACUGGGCUAUGUGGAUCUAUGGUAGAAGAGCGUUAGACAACUCUGACAAUACAUGGGGACUUCAUUUGUUAGGUUUUUUUUAGAUGGCAAGCAUUUUUCCUCAACACCGCCCACCCCCAUUCCAUCCCUGCUCCCUAAAACCAAAAAGAGAUUGAGCCAGUUCUAAGGCUUCCUUCCACACAGUGACAGGUUGAGCGGAGGAGUCAAUGAGAGGGAGGAGUGGAUAGGACUUUAGACUUAUUCAAAGUUAUAGUGAAAAUAUCAUGAACUGAAGGACUAUGGAGGUGACGACAUAAACCAAGUUCAUGCAAAAAAUAUUAACUGUUGCAAAAACUAGAGAACACAUAUACUCCUUUAGAAUGUAUUGAAGACAUUAUUAACGCAAUAGCAUAUUACUCAAUACUUAGGAAUGCAACUGCGCACAUGCACAGAAAAUGUUUUUAAUAUAAAUGAAUAUAUAUAAUAUAUGAAAAUAUAUAUUUACUUAGAAUGCUAUGCACCCUUGUCAACAGGAAUAUAGUAAUGUUAUGGAUGUACUUUUGGCAUCAUAGCUACCAAGAGACUGUUGAGUUAUGGGUAAUGCCUGAAACCUGGGAAAAAUAGGGGUCUUGUGGGUAUUUUAACUUGUUUUGUUUGCUUUUUUUUAUUGUUAUGAAGAGGUCAAAUAUGGAAAACGUAUAUAAAUGUACAAUCCUUUUAAUCAAAUGGAAUCCGAUGACAUCUAUAGAUAAUCUACCCUGUACACCAGCUCAAAUCAUUUACAAAAUUAAUAAAGAAAUUAAAUGUC